AACUUGGGGAGGGGGCACAAGAGGAGAGGCAAAGGCGUGGGGCCCACUCGUGGCCGUGUAGGCAACUCCCCAGGCUCCUCGGAGUCCCCUGCCCCCAGGCCUGCGCCGGGCCCGACCGGAUGGGGGGGAGGGCUGGGGAGGGGGGAGGGGGCCACAUCUAAGCCAAUUUUGAUUUCGCCUAUAAUGAGUGCCGGGCGAAGGCUGGAGAAGGCCUCUGGAACUUUAAAUAAGAAAAACGUUGCUAAUGCUAUAAUAGAAGGGGGAAGUCGGAGGGCUGGGAUUGCGUCGCUCUGAGCCCCCCUUUUCGGAGGCGGCUUUUCUUAUUCAAAACAGGCCCACAAUGGGCUUCACAGUGCGCCUCGCCACGGCCCCAUCUGACGAGCGGCCAUUCAUCAGGCCGGCUGGCCUAUCAAUGACAUUGCUCCCAUCGGGGCUCCUAUAAAAUGAUGCUUUUUCCCAUGAAACAUCCGCAAACAUUUUGACGGGUUUGGCUUUGCCCGGCUGGAUUACUGAGGGUCCCCUUGCUCGCUGGCUCUUUCUCUCUCCCCCUUCUCUGAACUCUCUCCCUUCUCUCUCUCUCUCUCCUUUUCUUCUUUCUCUUCUCUCCUUUCUCUUUCUUCCUUUUUCUUUCCUCCUUUAUCCUUUCGCCCUUGCACUCUCUGCGUUUCUCUCCUUCCCCCCCCCUCCUCCCCUCCUCCUUGGGCAGCCGUAGCACAGGGGAUCCCCAAACAUCAGGACUUUUGGGGGGCGCCUGUGCUGUCCAUGGGAAGAGCAUGCAUUGUGGGUUACUGGAGGAACCCGACAUGGAUUCCACAGAGAGCUGGAUUGAGAGAUGUCUCAACGAAAGUGAAAACAAACGUUAUUCCAGCCACACAUCUCUGGGGAAUGUUUCUAAUGAUGAAAAUGAGGAAAAAGAAAAUAAUAGAGCAUCCAAGCCCCACUCGACUCCUGCUACUCUGCAAUGGCUGGAGGAGAACUAUGAGAUUGCGGAAGGAGUCUGCAUUCCUCGCAGUGCCCUGUACAUGCAUUACCUGGAUUUCUGCGAGAAGAAUGACACCCAGCCUGUCAAUGCUGCCAGCUUCGGCAAGAUCAUAAGGCAGCAGUUUCCUCAGUUAACCACCAGAAGACUCGGGACCCGAGGACAGUCAAAGUACCAUUACUAUGGCAUCGCAGUGAAGGAAAGCUCCCAGUAUUAUGAUGUGAUGUAUUCCAAGAAAGGAGCCGCCUGGGUGAGCGAGACGGGCAAGAAGGAAGUGAGCAAACAGACGGUGGCAUACUCACCCCGGUCCAAACUUGGAACAUUGCUGCCAGAGUUUCCAAAUGUCAAAGACCUAAAUUUGCCAGCCAGUCUGCCUGAGGAGAAGGUUUCUACCUUUAUUAUGAUGUACAGAACACACUGUCAGAGAAUACUGGACACUGUAAUAAGAGCCAACUUUGAUGAGGUUCAAAGUUUCCUUCUGCACUUUUGGCAAGGAAUGCCGCCCCACAUGCUGCCCGUGCUGGGCUCCUCCACGGUGGUGAACAUCGUUGGCGUGUGUGACUCCAUCCUCUACAAAGCUAUCUCCGGAGUGCUCAUGCCCACCGUGCUGCAGGCGUUACCUGACAGUUUAACCCAGGUGAUCCGAAAAUUUGCCAAGCAGCUGGAUGAGUGGUUAAAAGUGGCCCUCCACGACCUCCCAGAAAAUUUGCGAAACAUCAAGUUUGAAUUGUCGAGAAGAUUUUCCCAAAUUCUGAGACGGCAAACAUCACUAAAUCACCUUUGCCAGGCAUCUCGAACAGUCAUCCACAGUGCAGACAUCACAUUCCAAAUGCUGGAAGACUGGAGGAACGUGGACCUCAACAGCAUCACCAAGCAAACUCUUUACACCAUGGAAGACACACGCGAUGAGCACCGGAAGCUCAUCAUACAGUUGUAUCAGGAGUUUGACCACCUCCUGGAAGAGCAGUCUCCCAUUGAGUCCUACAUCGAGUGGCUGGACACCAUGGUGGACCGAUGUGUUGUCAAGGUGGCUGCCAAGAGACAAGGGUCACUGAAGAAGGUAGCCCAGCAGUUCCUCUUGAUGUGGUCCUGUUUUGGCACAAGGGUGAUCCGGGACAUGACCUUGCACAGUGCCCCCAGCUUCGGGUCUUUUCACCUAAUUCACUUGAUGUUUGACGACUACGUGCUCUACCUGUUGGAAUCCCUGCACUGUCAGGAGCGGGCCAGCGAGCUCAUGCGAGCCAUGAAGGGAGAAGGAAGCACUGACGUCCGAGAAGAUAUUAUCUUGGCAGAGGCUGCCCCACCAACCCCUUCACCAGUGCCAUCGUUUUCUCCAGCAAAGUCUGCCACGUCGGUGGAAGUGCCACCUCCCUCCUCCCCUGUCAGCAACCCAUCCCCAGAGUACACUGGCCUCAGCACUACAGGAGCGAUGCAGUCAUACACAUGGUCUCUAACCUACACGGUGACAACGGCGGCAGGGUCCCCAGCUGAAAACUCCCAGCAGCUGCCCUGUAUGAGGAGUACGCAUGUGCCUUCCUCCUCGGUCACACACAGGAUCCCAGUUUACCCCCACAGAGAGGAGCACGGAUACACGGGAAGCUAUAACUAUGGGAGCUAUGGCAACCAGCAUCCUCCCCCGAUGCAGAGCCAGUACCCGGCCCUCCCGCACGACACAGCCAUCUCGGGACCGCUCCACUACUCUCCUUAUCACAGGAGCUCUGCACAGUACCCUUUUAAUAGCCCUACUUCCCGGAUGGAACCUUGUUUGAUGAGCAGUACUCCCAGACUGCAUCCUACCCCAGUCACCCCCCGAUGGCCAGAGGUGCCCACAGCCAACACGUGCUACACAAGCCCAUCUGUGCAUUCCACGAGGUAUGGAAACUCUAGUGACAUGUACACACCCCUGACCACGCGCAGGAAUUCUGAGUAUGAGCACAUGCAACACUUUCCUGGCUUUGCUUACAUCAACGGAGAGGCCUCCACAGGAUGGGCUAAAUGACUGCUUUCAUAGGAAUCCAUAUUUAAUAUUAAUAAUAAUUAUUAAUAAUAAUAAUAAGCCCCAUACCCACCCCCCAGAAGACUUUAUCUCUAUACAUCAUAACUCCCAGACUAUUCCUAGGCAUCCAUUUUCCUAAUGACCAUGAGGCUGGGGUUCAGUGUGGGAUGCGUAAACUUUAGUUCAGAAAUGGGACUCACUAAAAGUCAGUUCAGACUGGGUUCCCGUAGCCAAGCCAGACUUGACUGUUUGGAUAAAGCACUAUCUUGGGCAGGCUGACCUGUGCCUCUUCCCUCUAUUCCAUGACUUUGCGUUAUGUUGGCAACUACUCCCAGUAAACUACUUAUUUUCCUGUUGACAAAAGCUCUGUAGUCUUAAAGGAUGGCUACUGGAGACAGAAUCUGGUUUGUGUUCUUGGAUGGGCACAUAAUUUACCAAGAGCAUCCGCCUUUCCACCUGUCUGUCAUCUGACUGUACAAAGAACAGCCCUCAGAUAUGUCCCAAGUACCCCUUCUUUCUGGUGGUGUCACCAGGGCUUCCUGGAGCUCCAGGGCUAAAGGGAGGUGUCUGGAACCUCGAGAUUCCCAGUACCCUCAUUCAUGUCUGUCACAGUCCCUGCAUGGUCCUGGAAUGUAAGCACUGUUGAGAGGGAAGGACGAGGCCUGUUCUGUAUGCCUUAAGUUGACUGAGGGUUGUAGGGGACCGGUUCUUCUACAUGCAAGUAUUUGUCCUAAGUUUGCACAAUGGGUAGUGUCAGCAAAAGGCAAGAGAGGGGUUUUUAAAGUUCUCUGAGAAUGUGGAUUUAUGGCAUUGAGUAUCAUACUCAGCUCUGCUGUAUUAACUUUGUGAAACCGAAUGGGCCAAACUUUUAACUUACCAAGCACCAAGUGUGAGAAUGACUUUCAUGGUUCCUUCAUAAACUAUAAUAAUUUCCGACACUUUGAUAGAAAAAAAAAAUUCAAAGCUGUGCCUUUGAGCCUAUACUAUACUGUGUAUGUGUGGAAAUAAAAAAUGUAUUGUACUUUUGGAAAAUUUUUUUCGUAGGCAUUUUUCUGUCGGAUUUGUAGCAAUUUGUGAGGUUUGUUAGAGAUUUAACAUAGGUUUUCUUUCUGUAUUAUAAAAACACCAAGAAAUUAUGGUGGACCUAUUACCCUAUGGGUAAGAAAUAAAUGGAAAUAUGACAUCGGAUGUUUUAGCAAUUGUUCUGUAAAUAAAAUCUUUGAUCACACCACUUUAGUGUGAUAAUCAUGUCUACAGCUAAAAUGGAAAUAGUUUUAUCUGUACAGUUGUGCAAGAUAUGAAUGGUUUCACACUCAAAUAAAAAGCAUUGAAAUGA